CACGUGAAUUGAAUUGUAGUACAUAGAUAUAACCUGACUAUGAUCACGUAGCCUUCAGGAAAAUUACUCGAGGGGCGAGGAGGGACCAAAACGUCCUAAAUAUAAACUGUAAGGACGGAAAAUAUUGUUGAUCGUGACAAUCGUGAAAGGUGCAUUUUGGAGGGGGAAGGCUUUUCGUUAUACCCCGCCUGCGCGGUGCGCUACCAAGUACCAAGAAUUUCGAUAUACAUUAUAGGAGAGUGCAGAGGAUUCGGCGGUAGUUGGUUAGCCAUUCAUUUGAUGGUCUAGAGCCGACUCAACAGUUCCGCGACAUCCGGACGAAGAUACAGAUAUAUAAUCCCAGCACCAACACUUGUGCCACCAGCCACAGAAAAUCCUACAUCCUUGGGUGGGGUAUAAAGGCAUAACACGUAACAAUGCUAAGCGUAUGUCGACAAGCUGUCAUCUCCGGCGGACAAAAAGCUGGAAUACGGUCAUUGUCGAGUGUCGUGCCGGUGGUAUGUCCCCCGGAAUUCCCAUUGGAGAAUGAACCUGUCCUUGGAUAUGAAAAAAACAGUAAAGAGCGGGCAAAUCUCCAGGCUGCUCUGAAGGUUAUGAGCAGCGAAGUUGAAGAUGUCCCCAUUGUCAUCGGCUCAGAGGAAUUUAGGACUGAUAAUUACAAGUAUCAAGUCAUGCCUCAUGAUCACAAGCACAAAAUAGCUAAGUUCUAUUACGCGACUCCUGAGCUGGUCCAGAAAGCGAUCGAUGUGGCUGUGAAAACUCAGCGGGAAUGGGAAAGAUGUCCAAUUGAAAAACGGCUUGAAAUUUGGCUAAAGGCUGCCGAACUAAUGCAGAAUAAGUACAGACAGAAUUUAAAUGCAGCUACUAUGCUUGGACAGAGCAAAACCGUUAUCCAAGCCGAAAUUGACAGCAGCGCUGAGCUGAUAGACUUCUUUAAAAUAAAUGGAUACUUUGCCAAAGAGGCUAUAAAGUACAAACCGAUUUCACCAGAUCCCAAGGAAACUCUGAACUCAAUGAGGUAUAGAGGUAUGGAUGGAUUCGUCGCUGCAAUUUCUCCCUUCAACUUCACCGCUAUUGGGGGUAAUCUUAGUUACACACCGGCACUUAUGGGUAAUGGCGUUUUGUGGAAGCCAUCCGACACUGCGCUACUCUCCAAUUGGUGGAUAUUCAAGAUCUGCAAAGAAGCUGGGGUGCCUCCAGGAGUUGUAAAUUUCAUUCCGUGCGAUGGCCCGGUAUUUGGAGAUACGAUAACUGCGUCCCCAUACCUUUCCGGUAUUAAUUUCACUGGCUCCGUGCCGACAUUCAACAGGCUUUGGACCCAGGUCGGAAAUAACAUAAACAAAUAUAAGAAUUAUCCAAAAAUGAUCGGUGAAUGCGGUGGAAAAAACUAUCACUUUGUUCACCCAAGCGCUGAUAUUACCACCGUCGUUAAUGGCACUAUCAAAAGCGCAUUUGAAUAUAACGGACAGAAGUGUUCGGCAUGUAGUAGGAUGUAUGUUCCUCAAUCUCUAUGGGGAAAGAUCAAGGAAGGUCUUCUCGAAACCCGUGACAAAUUGAAAAUUGGGGACGUUCAAGACUUCACUUCGUUUACCUCGGCUGUAAUAGACAAAAAUGCAUUUAAGAGAAUAACUUCUUACAUCGAGCAUGCGAAAUCCUCAAAUACCACCGAAAUAAUUGGAGGUGGUACUUAUGAUGAUUCACAAGGUUACUUUGUCCAACCAACGAUCAUUGUGUCUAAGGAUCCUAAGGACAAGCUGAUGACUGAGGAAAUCUUCGGCCCUGUUCUAACAAUUUACGUAUACAAAGAUGCGGAUCUUGAGACAACCCUGAAAUUGAUUGAGACUUCAACACCGUAUGCACUGACAGGAGCAAUAUUUUCCAAAGACCUAAAGUGGGCUCGAUAUGCUUUAGACGAACUAAAGUAUACGGCAGGAAACUUCUACAUAAACGACAAAUCGACAGGAUCUGUGGUAGGUCAGCAACCGUUCGGCGGAAGUCGGAUGUCUGGUACAAAUGACAAAGCUGGCGGGCCUCAUUACGCCCUACGUUGGGCUUCUCCGCAGGCCAUAAAGGAAACGUUCGUGCCUCAGACGACCUACGACUACAACUAUAUGCGAUCUUAGAUGCGUGUUCAAGGCAUAAUAAGAAGCGUAUAACGGAUCGUUUAUUAAGAAUCGACCGUUAUUCCUGUGAUGUGGAAGGAAGCCAGGAUAGUAUUAAAAAUUGACCAUGAUGACGAUUAGGGAGCGCGUUUAAUUCUGAGUUGAUAAAAGGUAAAUUUUGACAAAAAACAACAAUGCGUUGUGUACAAGAUUUAACGCAAAAACACAAUUUCCUAGUCCAAUUUGAAUAUAAAUAAAACGCUGUUCUACUUAUCUAUCGAAUCUCAAGAGGAUUCAAGGUUUAUCUUAGAAAAUUAUUUUCCAAUUUCUUUUUUCUCUCGAAAAAAAAGAUCCUUGAAUUGAUGGCUCAGGUUGCUGUAGCAAACAUAGAUGCUUAAACAAAGACUACCACGUCACUAU